AUGCCGCCGUUCUACCAGGCGCUGUCCUAUUUAACAGGCCAGCAGCCCAUCGGUCUCCGUCAUGUCUCCGUCGUCGAUUAUCAAGUCAAACAGCAGCUGCAUCAGCUACAGCUCUCGGAUUACUGGGGAUCCAUAGUUUCCCACUGUACCUCCUUCACCAUGAAGGUCUCUUCUCCGCUCCGUUUUCUCGGCCUGAUCGGUCUGCUCCACUCGGCUCCUUCGUUCUCUGCUACUCAAUGCGACAUCGUAGGAAUCGAGGGAAGUAUCCCAGAUUACCCUGUGGCUUUGCAGCAGUAUUCGUACUGUGGCGGGUACUUGAACGUUUCGGCAUGGGUUCAGAAUGUAAACUAUAAUAAGGUGGUACAGCUUUAUUACGCCAAUGCAAAGGGGGAGGUUACACCUCUCAGCGUCGUCUCGCUAGGAUGGACCAAGAUGGCAGAGGGAACUGAUAAUGGAUGGGAAUUCUGGGCUGCCCAGACACCUGUCUACCUUAACGGUGUCACGAAGCUCAUAAAUAUCACAUACGAUGCCUUGGAUAUUCACCAACAAUAUGUCCAGCCAUUAGAUCUGGACGUGGAACCCUCCGGACCACCUCCACCAGAUCCACCAGCAGCCCCGAAGCCAUACGCAAAACCUCAGGGUUUCUCUUCUGAUAUCUCGGACUGGAUGGCAACGUCUGCUACUCAAGCUGGUAUCUCUAAGAAGCGCAUGUUCGACAAUAUCUCUCCUGAAGGUGCAGUAAAGGGGCUUGUAGUAGCUUCUCAAUCGAGGUCCGAACCCGAUUACUGGUACCACUGGAUUCGAGAUGCUGCUUUGACAAUGGACGUGGUUGUUAUGCUUUACGAGGCUGCUAGCCCUCAGAAGAAGGGAUACUAUGAAGAGCGACUCUUCGAUUAUGCCAAGUCCAGCAUUGACCAACAAAACGACCCUAAUGCUAUCUCGGGACUUGGAGAGCCAAAGUUCUAUCUUGAUACCAAUACUGGUUAUACCGGUCCGUGGGGGCGUCCACAAAAUGACGGUCCAGGAGCCCGGGCCGUUACGCUUGUUCGGUUCGCUGAAUUCUACCUCAAAAACGGUGGUUCCCAAUCUGUCGUCAUCUCUAAGCUGUGGCCCGCCAUCUCCCGUGACCUCCAAUAUGUUGCUGCCGACUGGAGGUCCGGCUCCUUCGACCUCUGGGAAGAAGUCAACUCCCAACACUUCUACAACCGCAUCAUCCAUCGUCGGGCCUUGCUCCUCGGCUCCGAAUUCGCAAAGAAAUUGGGCUACAAUGAUGACGCGGCACGAUAUUCCAACAUUGCUGCCCAAGUUUUGGAAAGUGCUAAGGGGUUCUGGGAUUCCCAGAGGAAUUUGGUACUUUAUUCUUAUGGUCCUGUGAUGAGAGAUAAGAGCUCGUACAAGGAUAUCAGUGUUGUUUUGAGUGUGCUCCAUGGGUACAACGAUGACGGUGUGUUCAGUGCUACCAACGACCAGAUCUUGGCCUCAGCAUACCAAAUCGCGACCAGCUUCUUAGCCAUCUAUCCAAUUGCAAGUAUAAAGAAGGAUGCUAAGGGUAAUCCGUUGGGAAUUCCAAUCGGUCGUUAUCCCGAGGACGUCUACGACGGUGUCGGUACCUCCCGCGGUAACCCAUGGUACCUUACCACCUCUGCCAUGGCCGAGCUCUUCUACAAGGCCGCUGCCGAAUUCCAAGCCCGCGACCAGAUUACCGUCACUCCCGCCACUGAAGCAUUCUGGAAGUACUUCGCCCCCCCUGCCGACGCAACUCUCAACCGAAAGUAUACCUCCAGAUCCCACACCUUCAAGGAGAUGGUUCGAGCCCUCCAAGGUUGGGGAGAUAUGUGGAUGCGAACAGUGAAAUACUGGGCUCCCGCCGACGGCAGAUUCCCCGAAGAGUACGACCGUGAUGACGGACGCGGCGUGGGAGCUAAGGAUUUGACCUGGAGUUACGCUGCCUGGAUUACCGCUGGUGCUGCCAGAGGUAGGGCGAAUGGAGACCCAACAUGGUUGACGAGAGUUGCGGACUUGUAA